AUUUAAGACUUUGACCAGCAUGUGUAAGAAGUGUUCUCAUGGCUGGACUAAUCUAACACAUUUUUACCUGGGUAAAACUUGGCAAAGUUUCACAUUUUCUUUCCACAGUUGAAAGGAAUCCAGUACAAUUCCCUCCUUCGAUCAACUUGACUCCAGUGUUUUUGGAUAGCCUGCACGGUUUGGUAGUGCACAGACGUGCCUGUCUUAUGUGGCCUCUAUGGCCCUUUUUUGCUCUUCUGUCAGAGAGAGGGAGGGAGGCUUCCCCCAGCACCAAAAAAUCAUUCUGUGUGCUCUCUGCAGCACAGUAGCUAAGAACAAGUUUCCAGAUUACUCCCUGGGUUUUUUGGCGUUAUUUGCAGGAAGAAGUCAUCCCCCCCCCCUUUAAAUGGAUGAUUGUGUUACAAUCAAGAAAAAGCAUCUCCAAAGACCUAUUUUUAGACUAAGAUGCCUGGUCAAGCAACUGGAGAAAGGUGAUGUUAAUGUGGUGGAUUUAAAAAAGAAUAUUGAAUAUGCAGCGUCUGUGUUGGAAGCAGUUUAUAUUGAUGAAACCAGGAGACUUUUGGAUACUGAAGAUGAACUCUCUGACAUCCAAUCUGAUUCAGUCCCACUGGAAGUACGGGACUGGCUGGCUUCUACCUUCACGAGGAAAAUGGGGAUGACGAAAAGGAGACCUGAAGAAAAGCCAAAAUUUCGAAGCAUUGUACAUGCUGUACAGGCUGGGAUAUUUGUAGAAAGGAUGUACCGAAGGACCUCUAACCUGGUUGGUUUGGCAUACCCAGCAGAAGUGAUAGUAACAUUUAAGGAUGUUGAUAAAUGGUCAUUUGAUGUGUUUGCCCUAAAUGAAGCAAGUGGAGAGCACAGUCUGAAAUUCAUGAUGUACGAGCUGUUCACCAGAUAUGACCUUAUGAGCCGUUUCAAGAUCCCUGUGCCCAGUCUUAUUUCAUUUGCAGAAGCUUUGGAGGUUGGUUACAGCAAGUACAAAAAUCCAUACCACAAUCUGAUCCAUGCAGCUGAUGUUACUCAAACUGUGCAUUACAUAAUGCUUCAUACUGGUAUCAUGCACUGGCUCACAGAACUGGAAAUCUUAGCUAUGAUCUUCGCAGCUGCAGUCCAUGAUUAUGAGCAUACUGGGACCACAAACAAUUUCCAUAUUCAGACAAGGUCAGACGUUGCAAUUUUGUACAAUGAUCGUUCUGUUCUUGAAAAUCAUCAUGUGAGUGCUGCUUACAGACUUAUGCAAGAGGAAGAAAUGAACAUUCUGGCAAAUUUAACCAAAGAUGACUGGAGGGAACUUCGUGGCCUGGUCAUUGAGAUGGUCUUGUCAACAGAUAUGUCAGGACAUUUCCAGCAAAUUAAAACAAUGCGCCAUACUCUGCAGCAGACAGAGGGGAUAGACAAAGCCAAAGCCAUGUCUUUGAUUCUACAUGCAGCAGACAUAAGCCACCCAGCAAAAUCUUGGGAACUGCACUACCGGUGGACAACGGCACUGAUGGAAGAGUUUUUUCGACAGGGAGACAAGGAGGCUGCUUUAGGGCUACCAUUUUCCCCACUCUGUGACCGCAAAUCUACCAUGGUGGCUCAGUCCCAAAUAGGUUUCAUCGAUUUCAUAGUAGAGCCCACGUUUUCUCUUCUAACGGACUCAAUGGAGAAAAUUAUUAUUCCUCUUAUAGAGGAAGCUUCAAAGUCUGAAAGUUCUGCCUUUGGGACACCCAGCCAGCAUAGCUUGGGAGCACUAAGCAAUGCUGAUGCACAAAGAAGACCCAUUGUUAAAAGUACUACAAGUGAUGGAGGGACUUGCACAGACAAUUCUUUAGCAACUGUAGACCUAUCCAGCUUUAAGGACAACUUGGUGCAGAUCAUUCAAGAAAAUAAAGAAAGAUGGAAAGAGUUAGCUGUGCAAGAAGAACUUGUGAGAAAUGUUGGUGAACAGCAAAAAGACCAAAGCAGAAAACCCGCAGAUGCACAAUUACAGGAGGAAACAACAAGGACACAAAAUGAGAGUAGUCAGGGAAGCGAUGACACAACUUUACCAAGAAGCUCCACUCCCAGUUCUUUCGUCCUACAAGUUAUAACUUUCGACUGUCCUCCUAGCGCAUCCAGCUCGGAGAAAUUCACUAACUCUGAUCCAAACCAGAAAGAUCUCACCGAGGCACAGCAAGAAACACAGCCCACUGACCCAUUGAAUGGUAAUAUCUCAUCACAAAACACACCUCAGUCUAACGAAGUGGUGCAGGGUGGAGCUGCCGCCGUGUCUGUUACAUCCCUAUUAAGCUUUGACAUCCAUAAAAUGUCCGGUUAAGUAGUUGUUCAAGCCUGCAGUUUAGGAAUGGCCCUUUCUCAGGCAUAUGUAGAAACUGAAGUGUCAUCAAAUAAAAACCAUUUGACAUGAAUAAAUUUAACCUUUUUGAUAUUAAGUAUUUGAUAUUGAAUAGUAAAUGAUUUGGCCUAAAAUACCAAAAAUAUGAAAGUUGAACUCAUAUAAUUUAAAAAUAAUUUUAGAUAUGUAUUUGCAGCUAUAGAAGUUUAAGUUACUGGGAAAUUACAUAAACUCUGUAGAAACUGCUUCCCAUUUUCUUUUUGAAUAGGUAAUUCUGCUUUGGCUAUUACAGGGCUUCUCACUUAUUGUAGGCACUUAUGAUCAAAACUUCAUGAACCAAAUCAUUUGUACUAAAAAUGAAUACAACUUCCCCCAUUUAUUUUGAUCACUUUAAGCCGAUGUAAUUUGAUCAUUAAAUAGGUAUAAAAAAUUGCCAUUUCAGUAACAAGGAAGGUGAAAAUUUGGAAAGUUGAGGGGGAAGGGGAUGGAAUAGCCAAAGAAGAUCCAUGGUAAUGCAAUAUGAUGAAAAGGAAAAGGGUUUUAAUGACCUAAGCUGUGGUCUGCAUUCUGGUGAUCAUAUGAUCACCAUUGUCAAGGUGUCCAAGCGACAGUGGACUUGAUCUAAGUAGAAGGAAGGUACUGUGUGAUAUUCCAUUUUAACUUACAGACAGUACUGAAAUUGAUGUUAAAGUAAGCUUUAAAAGAAUGGGAUGUUGAGAAGAAAGUAUUACCUCUAACUCUUCCUCCUGGGCUGAGGAUCCGUCACAUCUUUGCAUGAGCCAUGAAGAUCCAACUCUCUCUCCUGGUGUAUUGUACAUUUUUAUGAUGGGCUAGAUUGCGUGUUCUCAAUCCAUCCUGAGUAAGAGGCAACACAUGACUGCAUUGCCCCAGGAGAGACCAGAGAAUGAAUUGGGGCUCUGAGCGCUACAAUUCAUCCCCUACUUUCCCCUUGUUCUGAGGGAGGAAUGUGUUACCUCACUCCAUUUCAUGGACCUGCUUGCUCCCCUCUCCCUCUACCCCUCCUCCCCCACAUCCACCCAGCCAGCUAUCAUGGCCACUGAGUGAUGGGGACAGAGCCAAAGCUCCUCCCAAUCCCUGCUCCUCACCAACUUAUUUGCUUACAGCAAUGUGUUUUGGGAGAGUAGCCCUUGUUCUCCACGGUGCAGCCAGGGUCAUAAUCUGAUCAGAGCUGAACAUGUAAGAGCCUUAUUCUCCUGCAGGUUAAGAAAAAUUAGUUAGAACCAAACAAAGUUGCUGCUUAAUUUUUCCCUGUGUCUUGUACGUUAGGGGCUUGAGGCAGUCGCAUGCUCUGUUCCCAGCUCAAACGUUGGAUAUGUCUUCCAUAAGGCUGAGCCUUGUGAGACUGGGAGAUGAGUGGCACUGCCUGGGCAGCAGUGCGUGGAAGUGUAGCUCAGCACAUCUCUCAAUUGUCCCUCAUCUUGAGAGAUCUCCCUCAUUUUAUCCCCAGCAUGACCUACACACACACAUUUGAUGGCCUUUCAUUUUUAUUGUUGAAACUUGUUCAUCAGAGUAAAGGAUCACAAAGCUGAGGUUCUAGACUGGAUUAUUCCUAUGAAAGGAAUGAAUCCCCCAGUACUUUGUUUCCUAAAUGAAUAUUUUUUCUCUCUUUCAUUUUGGGUUUUUGUCACAUGCUGCAUUUGGGCCUUGGCAGGUUGAAAAUGAAGUGCCUUAGAAAGGUAAAAUGCCGGCUAUGCACUAGAGGAGGAGCCCAAGGAGAGGCACGACUUGCUGUGCCCAUAAAAGAGGUAUAACAGCCAUCUUGUACUAAGGGUCAUUACUGCACCACCAGUGCUUAUUUCUGCAGCACCUAGAUGUUUCUUGGAGUUCUUCCAUCCAAACAUUGACUCAGUCAGAUCCUGGAUAGCUUGAGAAAUCUGAUCAGAUCAUGGAAUAAAUUGGCAAAGUAUGGUUGUAGGCAUACAGUUCUUGCAGCAUAAAUUCCACCUUUCUUAUGCAAUGAGCAUAUCAUUAUUUACGAGAACUCAGUGUUAUUGAAAGGAAAUCAUUCAUGUGGUAGGAAAUCCCCUGUAGGACAGGCAGGAUUUUAAGGCAUCAGGACUGCAGUUUAUGAAAUUGGUAAUUUACAUUUGAUUUUUUCUUCAUUGGAAUUAUUUACUUUCCAAAGGUCAAAUGGUUUAGAAAUUAUUUAUUUAGCUGGAAGAGGGCAGAAAAAAGAGGGUGUACAAAGCUGGAAUAGACCAGGGAAGUGUUUUGGGUUUGUUUGUAUACUUGUUUUAGAGAGAAAUAAAUAAUUAAGGGGCUAAAAAGGAAGGAAGUGGGAGGGCAAUAACUGAGUUUAAUGAAGCAGUGUGAAUAAUGUCAGUCAAGCUCCUGAACUAUAAGCCAGAGUUCAUAUGCCUAUAUCCUGCACCACUGAAUUAAAUAGUCCAUACAGAAGGCUCAUUUCUGUACAAACUGACCCUAGGACAUGCUAUAAAAAAAGCCAGAGGUAGGGACUUGUAAGCCUAAAGUCUGUCAUGGCAGUAGCAGCUUUAACUUAUCCUAUUAUUAGACUGUAGCAGCAGUAGUCACACCACCCUUUUAAGGUCCAGGUCACCUCCAGAGAUUGAUUUAUGGUCCAAAACAUAAAUUCUGUCUCCUCUAAUUUAUCUAACAGUGAUGCGUCUGAGCCUUCACAGUUAAAUGUCUGGCUGGAGCAAACAUCAGGGCUAGUGCUCCUGCCACAGGAAGCACAACCUCACUAGGUUAGAUUCACUACAGAUUUUCAGAUAAUAGUUGAACUGCAAUGAAGGUGACUUUAGAAACUAAGUGAAAUGGAAGAGGGCUCAUAUCCAAGUCUGCCAUCAACUGUUAAUCAUCAUCCCGCUAGCAGUGAUGGGAACAUAUGAAGGGUAUUGCUCAUUGCAUGCUGUUGAUAGACAACGUGCUAAACUAUAAUUAUUUUAGUGCCAUUCUGGGUUCUGAAAUUUACUUCUACUUCAUUUGGAAACUGUUCAUCCCAGAUACAAUGCAGGCCCGCCGACAGCAAUUCUGGGCCCUCAGGCAGAACAGUCAAUGGGCCCCCCAUGCACGCACAAGGCUUGCCAACUGUCUAAUCGCGCAAACCCAAAGCCCUUUGCCCUGCCCCCUCCCUGAGACCACACCCCUGUCCCAUCCCUUCUCUGAGGCCCUGCCCCUUGCUCACUCCAUCCCCUCUCCCUCCAUUGCUUGCUCUUCCCCACCUUCACUCACUCUCACCAGGCUGGGGCUGCGGGUUGGGGUGCAGGAGGGGGAGUGGGGUUGGGCUCUAGGAGGAAUUUGGGUCUACGGUGUGGGCUCUGGGUGGGGCAGGGAGUUGGGGUGCAGGAGAGGGUGCAGGGGUCAGCGCUUACCCUCGGACAACUCCCAAAAGCAACUGGUACAUCCCUCUGGUAGCAGCUCCUAAGCGGGGGGCCCAGGGAGUCUCUGCACACCGCUGUCCUCAGGCACCGCCCCUGCAGCUCCCAUUGGCAGCAGUUCCUAGCCAAUGGGAGUUGUGGAGUCAGUGCUCAGGUUGGGGGCAGCUCGUACAGACCUCCUGCCCCCGCCCUCAGGGGCCGCAGGGACAUGCCGGGCCCUUCCAGAAGCGUCUGGAGCGAGGGCAGGCAGGAAGCCUACCUUAGCCCCACUGCACCGCCAGUGGCCGGGGGCCCCCGAACCCUUUUAAAUCUCCCGGGCCCCUGGCAAAUUGUCCCCUUUGCACACCCCUGUCAGCAGGCCUGAUACACUGUAUGAAUGUGUUUGCUUAUUUAUUCAUUCAUUCAUAUGGAGCUAUUGGUGGAAAUAUCAUUUUAUACUGCUAUAAAACAAAUUCCCUGCUCCCAGGAUCUUACCAUCUUGAUUACUCUGAUUUGUCUUGCAAUGAGUGCAUCUAGAGCUAUUUUCAGACUGAACCACAAGAUUAUGCAGUAGGACGAUACAAUAUAAGGAAUCUGGACAGUCAUUUAGAUUGCAUUUAGCUGCAGCUUAAAUUUAAAUGCAUUGGGGGGGGCAUGCAUAGCAGGCAUUUCUGUAUCCAAGUUCAAUGAGUGAUCAGCUGCAGGCAUCAUACUGUGAGACUUCCUUUCAUCAAUCGAUGUUGAAUUUAGUCUCAGCCAUCUGCUUUAGUGAUUGCUUCCCUCCAUGUUCCAACAUAGAUAAAAAUCACACGAUGUAGUAGAGAGUUUCCAAUUUUCUUAAUUAAGAAGGAAUAUUGGAUAUUAGCAAAUCAUUAAAGUCAAGUCACAUAUGAAAUAGAAGUAAAUCCAUAAUUUGACAGCACUAUCUGUUUCAAAUGGAUUUGAUGUUUGUGUGCCUAGUUGAGAUUAGUGAAUAAAUCAAGAAAAAGAGUGAGAUUUUCAAGGCUGCCUAUGCAUUUGGAUGCUCAGUUCCCAUUAACUUUAUCAGAAAUUACUAGUUUAUACAAAAUAUUCUUGUUGCCUUCAGCAAGCUAUCAAAGUCAGGUAAUGUAUAUUCUGUGGGUGAGAUCCUGGCUGCACUGAAGUUAAAGGGAGUUUUCACCCUAGGUAUUAUUUGAAUUUUAUUUGUUUUCUGAUCACGAUAGUCUGGUUUAUUUUGUAAAUGUAAUGUUCCAUAUUUAUAUUUUUUUCUUUUUAAAAGGAAACCAAGAAUUAAAAUCUAUCAGAAGUACAAACUGGUCUAGUAAGUUACAACCACUGUUAGCCAGAUAUAAAAUGAAUUGGUUCUGCCCAGACUGAGGAGCUGCUAGGUAUUUUGACUACCAUUCUCACUUCAGAAAUGUGUGUGGUGCACCUACUAAACCAUUAGUCUGGGAAAGGAAUCACUUCAGCACCUCCUUUAAUUUUUCUUUACCAGUAACUCAGUCUGACUCUACCAUCUGUAGUUUAGAAAUUUUCCUGGCCAAUUCCAAUAUUUCCCAUUUUGUGAAUCUAAUAAACAGGAGGGAGCUCGUAUAAUUUGUGACUAAAGCCAUGUCUACACUGCUCUCCAAUUUGGAUUAUGAGGGUAUGAACUGCAGUGCACACCGAAGUGCUGUGCUGUAAUUCCCCCAUGUGGACCCUGUGGUCAUGAAUGUAAAGGUCCCUAAUUUGCACUAAUGUCGUCCUUUUAGGGACCUUUAAGUUUGUGCCUACACGGGAGAGUUACAGUGCAGCACUAGUGCGCCCAGCUUAGUAACACCCCCUUUUUCUGAACUGUGGAGCAGUGUAGACAAAGCCUUAGUCACCUUGCUUAGAUGUUACAGCUCCUUUUAAUCUAGCAGUGUGCUGUAGCAGGUAAAAAAGUUUCUAUGUGUAGUUCUCUGCUAAUCUCUACUGCGAUGUGGAAAACGUAUUACAUUUUACUGAGAUUGGCUGAAGUCAGUUACAUAUCUACAGAGGUGCCAUUGAUGAGAGAAAUAAAUAAACCCGGGUUUGAACUUCUUUGUAGCCGUCUGAUUUUACAUUUAUAUUGUUAUUAACUGUAUUACAGUAGUGUCUGGAAGCCCCAACUGAGGCCAUGGCUCCCUUGUGCUAGGCAUUGCACAAAUACAUAGCAAGAGGCAGACCCUGCAUGUUACCAGUGUACUUACCUAUGUAGAGUGUGUAACACUGUGUCAGUGCUAUCCAGAAAAUGGGCAGUAUGCAAAACUCCAGUCUGUGCAAUUAAAUUAAGAUUAAAUUAAUUUGCAACAUCCAAUACCAAAGGAAAUCCCAGCCUUAAAAAUAAAAUACUUUGCAUUUCCAUUUCAAAACUAUCAUAAUUCAAAAUAACCUCUGCACAUUAAAACUCGCAGACCAGCCUACAGUAAAUCCAUUCUAACUGGGGUGAAUUACCUUAUCCUGUCACACCCAUUAACGAAGUAUUUAGUGCAAAAAUAUAAAAUAAAAUAAAAUCUUGAUCUAUAAUACCCACAGUGUGUUGGGUCACUGUUGUAUUUCAAAGCACUGUUGAUUAUAACUGUGCUAAGUGAUUCUAGAAGCAAGCCUUAAUGGAACACAAAAUUUAACCAUUUAAAAGGGAGGAGAUAGAGUAAUCCUUUACAAAAGUCUUUCAGAAAUUGAUUUGCUAUAUAAACUAAUAUAAUCCACCAUCAAGAAUAUUUUAAGUGUGCAAAUGAACAACUUUCUAAUGCAACUCAUUUUCCGCUUUCUUGGUGUAUAUCAUAUCUAGAGUUUAUUGAAAAUUUUCAACUGGAAAAUUUCUUCACUGGAAAAUGUGGUUUCAUCACAGUCUGUUUUCUUGGGAAGAUGCCAGUUUCGUCAAAAUAUUUUAAUUUUCU